UGAGAGCUGGGGGGUGCGGGGCCUUGGACCCAGCUCUAAAUUGAUAAGAAACACGCACACGAUUCGUCCAUCAUUAGCGUGCCUUUGCACCAAAGGCUUACUCUCAUUGUCAAGUUUGCAAAUUCCUUCCGAAAUCCCAUCUCUUCCAAACUUUAUAAGGCAGAUUUUUCUCCGCUGUACGGAAUGGUAAAGACUAUAAAGAUGUCUGCUCCCUCGCAAACCCGGGUUAUUGGCGCGUCCAUUUUUAUUCGUGCCUGCAAAUAUUAUCAUUGUGCUAAUCAAAAUAAUUUGGGUUGCUAGUGCUGAUGGCUUCAGGAAGGGCUACUGCGCAUGAGCAAGUUUAGUGACUGACAGUCACCAAGGCGGGGUAAAAGACUUAAAAGUGACUAUCGCAGGAAGUUAUGAGUGAUUUGGGAAACAUUAGGAGACUUUUUCAGAAUAAGAAUUCGGAUUUUAAGAUCAGAGCACCGAGUAAAAGGAGGGCAGAGUUCACACGGAGCGGAAGUGAGCGGGCUGGUACUUUGCAGGCGGAGUGACACGAGCGAGUGUGGACUCUAAAGACGCGAAUUUACUCGCUAUAGCGUGGCCAUUUUACCAGCUGGCAUUUGUGGAUUUCUGGCCUGGUGAAUUGGUGAACUUUCAAUCUGGGUAUUCCUUGCCAUCUGCAGCUCUUCUCUUUUCUCCUCCUCCCUCUCAACAGUUCUGCCUUUUUAGGCCUUUGCCUUCUCUCCACAAGUCAGGCAUGACUGAGUCCCAGUAUGCAAUUACAGGAAUCAGUGUCUUUCGAAGAUGUGGCUGUGGACUUUACCCAGGAAGAGUGGAAUCAACUGGACCCUACUCAGAGGAACCUAUACAGAGAUGUGAUGCUAGAGAAUUAUAGCCAUCUUGUCUCUCUGGGAUAUCCUAUUACCAAACCAGAAGUGAUUACUUCUUUGGAGCAGGGAGUCCUUGGGAUCAUAAAAAGAGAAAUCCCAAGUUCAAGUUGUACAGAAAAUGAGCAAGCUGAAGAACAGCUGGAAUGGCACCAGGGAAACCAAAAUAUCCACCUAAGGCAAGCUGUACCCAUUAUUGAGAAAAACAUGACUGAAGAGAGAGGCUAUGAGUAUCAUGGAUUUGUAAACCCACUUCCUCAAAAUACAUGGGUUGUUUCUUCAGGACAUACACCGUAUAUGAAUGAUUCAUUUGGGAAAAGUUUUAACAAUAACUUAAGCUUACUUGGUCCUAGUAGUCUGAGCUUUGCAGCUCAGGAAUGUUAUGAAUGUAAUGGAUGUGGGAAAUUACUAAUUCCUCGUAGACAUGAGAUAAAUGAUGGAAUGAAACCCUAUGACUAUAAUAUGUAUGGGAAAGGUCAGAUUCGUAACUUCGUUCAGCAUAAUUUUACUCAGGCUGGGAAGAGGAACUAUGAAUGUCCUGAGUGUAGAAUAACCCUCAGCCCAAGUUCAUUUCUUAUUGUUCAUCAGAUCACUCAUAUAGGACAGAAACCUUAUGAAUGGGCAGAAUGCAGAGAAACAUUCAACAAUACGGCACACCUCAAUAUGCAUCAGACAAUGCACACAGGAGACAAACUCUUUGAAUGUAAUGAAUGUGGCAAAUCCUUCAGAGAAGAAUCAACACUUCAUAUACAUCAAAGAACACAUACAGGCGAAAAACCAUAUGUAUGCACUGAGUGUGGCAGUGCCUUCCAAGAAAAGACAAAUCUCAUCAUACAUCGGAGAACUCACAAAGGGGAAAAACCCUAUAAAUGUUCAGAUUGUGAGAAAACUUUCAACCAAAAGGCACACCUGAACGUGCAUCAGAGAACGCACACAGGAGAGAAACCCUUUGAAUGCACUGAUUGUGGCAAAUAUUUCAGAGAGAAAUCAACAUUGAAUAUACAUCAACGAACUCAUACAGGAGAGAAGCCAUAUUUGUGCAAUGAGUGUGGCAAAGCCUUCCGGGAAAAGACAAAGCUCAUCAUACAUCAGAGAACUCACACGGGUGAGAAACCCUAUGAAUGUUCAGAGUGUGGGCGAGCCUUCAACCAAAAGGCACAUCUCAGUGUGCAUCAGAGAACACACACAGGAGAGAAACCUUUUGAAUGCAAUGAAUGUGGCAAAGCUUUUAGAGAGAAAUCAACACUGCGUAGACAUCAAAGAAUUCAUACGGGAGAGAAACCUUAUGUGUGUUCAGAAUGUGGAAGAGCCUUUACACUUAAACUGAGCCUCAGUGCUCAUCAGCGAAUCCAUACUGGGGAAAAAACAGAUGGUUGUACUGUUUGUGGUAAAGUCUUUUCCCGGAAGUCAUACCUCAUGUUACAUCAGAGAGCUCAUACAAGAGAAAAAUUUGAAAAAUCUUAUGAAUGCAAUGAAUGUGAUAAAGCAUUCUUCCAGAAAUCAUACCUCAUCAUUCAUCAGAGAGUUCACACAGGGGAGAAACCCUAUGAGUGUAAUAUAUGUGAGAAAGCUUUCUCCCAAAAAUCAUAUCUUAUUAUUCAUCAAAGAACUCAUACAGGAGAGAAACCCUAUAAAUGUGAUAAGUGUAGCAGAGCCUUCAGAGAGAAGUCCAAACUCACUGUACAUCAGAGGACUCACAUAGGGGAGAGUCCUUAUGACUGUCCUGAAUAUGAGAGAAACUUUACAGAAGUCAACCUUCAUCAUGGAUUAGAAAACUCAGAAAUAAGAGAAAACAAAGAAUUCAAAGUGGAAAAUCUUUCAUAGAAAAUUCAAAGAAAAAGAAAAUGCAAACUCUAAUAUAGGGGAUUGUGUUUUAGUUAGGAUGAUUAGGAAAGGCUUUUCUGAGGACAUGGCUUUUGAACUUAGGCCUGAAAAAGAAAACACUAGCCAUAUUGGGGGAAGAGUGUUCCACAUCAAAGGAAUGAUAAGAUCCAAGGUCUUGAUGCAAAACCUUUGUACCUUCCUACCAUGGUCUAUUGAAUGAUCAUUUUGCAUCAAGCAAGUUCAAUGGUAAAAUCUUUUGAAAACUUGAAUAUAUGAAAGCUAUCACUUAGAAAGUAAACCUCAUCAUAAAUGUGGGCAGAGCCAUCACAGGAAAUUCAAUUUUAAUAAGCACAGUUCCUUGGAAAUGAUAUAAAGGAAGUGUUUCCAAAUUUAAUAUCAAACUUCUAUAGAAAAAAAUUAACAAAAUCUUAUUAGAUAAAGGAUGGUUUACCAAAUGAUAGGAAGCUAAAGAUUUCAACAUAACUACUAAAGGAACAACACUGAAGACCAUGCAUACUAUAACACAUUCCAAAUUAGUAGAAAGGAUUUAUAGAGGAAUGUAAACAAGGCACCAAUAGGGAAUCAAAUCCAGUUUCAAGGAGUAGUGACAGUUGAGAAAGCCACUGUUUCCACCCCAGCAUGAUCUGUGGACAAAACUUUGGUUAUUUCUCUCUACACGGAACUUUCCUCCUUCUGAGAUUGAGCAUACCUCCUUCUUCUUCUUCCCAGAAAGACUAUAAGCUGUCUGAUGGGCUUUUACAAGAUCCAUUUUUGACUUAAAUUCUUCAAAGUUUAUUUCUGCUGCUUUUGAUGAGUGACUGUUACAUUCAGAAGUCAGUAGCCAGAAUGAUGGCAACCUUUAUGGACCCCCAGGGAGAUGUGAAAUUUGCUUAUCUAAUUGGUUGAAUCUAAACAUGAGGAAAAUCCAGUUGAUAUUACAGAAGGGGGCUUGAACUUUCCUUGUCGUGCAUUGGCAACUAGCUGUUUUAAUGAUCAUCUGUGGUUAUUUUCAAUGAAUCAAACACUGAAAGCAAGGCUUUGUGUAGUUGAGUAGCCACCUUGACCAAGGACUACAAAGGACAUGAGGGCCUACUUCCUCAUAAGAAUGGCUACUUCCAGAGGGGCUGGCCAGUGAAAAGAGAAUAAACAGCAAGUUUAAAUUGUUAACUACUCUGUUCAACAGACUGAAGCCCAAUCAUUCUGUAAAAAGAAAUUAUUUGUGUGUCCAAUUAAUUCCCAGUCUGUCAUUUGCAACUUAAGGUUUUGAUUGUGAAAGAGGCAAUGGGAAGCUAAGAGAAUGGUGGUAUGUGAGAGGAUGUGGAAGAAUGUGAAUAUUUUAAACUCCCAAUUCCCACUGUAUAAGCUGAAUCCAAUUCCAUUCUCCCCUGAAGAAACUGUAUAUGUCUUAAAUAAAGACCCUUUAGUGACUUCA